AUGGCCAUGACGGCCUCCUCACUCCUCCGACGCCGCCUCUUCUCUACCACCGCAACCCCGCGCGCAAACGACUUUACGCACUGCAUAAUCGGCGGCGGUAUAAUCGGCCUCUCUAUCGCACGCCAGCUCGCGCUCACGCACCCGUCCUCCUCGACCCUCCUUCUGGAGCGCCACCCCUCAGUAGGCACGGAAACCUCCAGCCGCAACUCCGAGGUGAUCCACGCAGGGCUAUACUACCCUCCCCUCUCCCUCAAGACGCGCCUCUGCAUCCGCGGCUCCUCGCUCCUCUACGCGUACUGCGAAACCCACCACGUCCCUCACAAACGCACGGGGAAAUGGUUACUCGCCCAGAACGCGGCCGAGCUGGAGGCGCUGCAGAGGCUACAUGAGCACGCGGAGGGGGUGGGCGUGCGGAUGAGGUGGGUGGGGAGGGAGGAGGUAAAGAGGAGGCAGCCGGGAGUGAGCGCCCUGGCGGGCGUGCUGGAGAGUGUAAACACCGGGAUCGUGGAUUCGCAUCAAUUAAUGCAGAGUCUGAGGGGCGGGAUCGAGGAGGCGGGAGGCGAUGUGGUCGUGGGCGCGGAGGUGGUGGGCGUAAAGGCGAGGGAGGGCAGGGAGGGGGAGGGGGAGGGGGGGUAUGAGCUCACUGUGGCCACGCGGGGGGAGGGCGGCGGGGAGGGUGGGGGGGAGGAGACAACGAUCACGGCGGACACGGUGGUUAACGCCGCCGGCCUGGGUGCGGUGGCCGUGGGCAAUCUCCUGCUGCCCCCCAGUCGUCACAGGCGCGCAUACUUCUGCAAGGGGACUUACUACGUCCCCACCUCCUCCCCCGCCCCCUCCCCCUCCCCUGUCCCCGCGCCGGCAGUUACAACCCUCCUCUACCCCGCACCCAUCCCGGGGCACGCGGGGUUAGGCACGCACCUUACCCUCGACCUCUCGGGCGCGAUCCGCUUCGGGCCGGACGUUGAGUGGGUUUCCAGCCCCGAGGACCUAACGGCAACGGACCGCGGGAUGGCGGCGGCCAGGGCCGAGAUUGCACGGUACCUUCCCGGCGUGGGGGAGCUGCGGCCGGAUUAUGCCGGUAUCAGGCCGAAGCUGCACCCCCAGGGCGGAGGGGGAGGGGGAGGAGGGGGGGUGGCGGGGACGGAUUUUUGGAUCAAGGAGGAGGACGGGUUUAAAGGGUGGGUUAAUCUGCUAGGGAUUGAGAGUCCUGGAUUGACGAGCUCUCUGGCCAUUGCGGAGUAUGUGGAGAGAAUCUUGUAUGGCAAGGGAGGAGCGGACGCUUCGUUGGUGGGAUAAUACCGGAUUGCUUCUCCCACGGUUCUUCACUUGGAACCAAUGUCUCGUUUCCUACGCUGUAGUCAUAAAACAAAUAUUACUUUUGUCAAUCGAUUUACAAAUAG